UUUAAAUGCGGGCCGUAAUUGUGGCCGGACUCAGACGGCGGAAGACGUCGCCCUAACAGGCUUAGUUGCAGAAGGGAGAAGGUCGCAGAAGAGAGAGAGGGGAGAGAGAGACCAUGAGCUCUUAUACUUUAAGAGAGCUCCAACACGAGCUAGAGACACAAGCCAACAACCUCAGCAAGCUCCAGAAAGAUAUUGCUAAGAAUCACCAAGUGAGGAAGCAGUAUACGAUUCAGUUGGGGGAGAACGAAUUGGUUCUCAAGGAAUUGGAUUUGUUGAAUGAGAACUCAAACGUCUACAAAUUGAUCGGCCCGGUUCUUGUGAAGCAAGAUCUUGCAGAAGCUAAUGCUAAUGUCAGGAAGCGGAUCGAGUACAUUUCUGCCGAAUUGAAACGGCUGGAUGGGAUGCUUCAAGGACUAGAGGAAGAACAGAAUAGCAAGAAGGAAGUGAUCCUUAAACUGCAGCAGAAGAUUCAAGCCCAUCAGGCUGGGAGAUCCAAGUCCUAAUACUCAGAGAUCUCAUGAGAACCAUUGCGUGGAAAUUUUCUGUUUUGCAUCCAAUUAGCAGUUCUCUCUACACAAAAUUAGGCCAAGUGAAUGAGAACUAGGCAUCCCGAAGGCCUUUAUCUUUGUAAUGUUGAAGGUGUCACAAAGGCCUUCAUCUUUUUUGUAAUGUUGAAGGUGUUCAGAAGUGCUAAUCGUUUCCCCUUGUUCUUUGCUCUC